UAUGCUUCACGGACCUCUGCCUCAUCUAACAUGCACUGCCAAGCUAUUGCUUAUGCAAAGUUGGCUGAAUCUAAGUCAUUGAACCCUGCUUCUGUGAAUAAUGAAGUUCUAAAUGAGCUAACGGAUGAAUCUGGUCUUACCAUCCUGCCAGUAUCUGCUGAAAGUACAGGAUUGUUGCCAAAUCAAAAAGAUACGGUGAUGGGAUCUGACAUAGUUUUGGAAGCAGUCUUGGAGGCAAAGGUGGCUCGCAAUGCAAAAGACUUCUUUUCACAACCUCAAAAUCUAGAAAAACUUGAAUGA